AUCAUCGAGGUGAUUGGUGAUAGGUGAUGAGCUCGUCCUCUCCCCCGCACGACCCGUGCUCCCGCGCCCCAUAUAUACCUCGGCUCUCCCAUCUCCGGACUCACACCACACAGCAAGCACAAGCGCAGAGCUAGCUAAGGUAUCUACUAGAGCAGCUGCUGCUGGUCUGAGUCUGACAUGGCGAAGGACAUCGAAGCAUCGGGGCCCGAGGCCGGCGAGUUCUCGGCCAAGGACUACACCGACCCUCCGCCGGCGCCGCUGAUCGACGCGGCGGAGCUCACCCAGUGGUCGCUGUACCGCGCGGUCAUCGCCGAGUUCAUCGCCACGCUGCUCUUCCUCUACAUCACCGUGGCCACCGUCAUCGGGUACAAGCACCAGACGGACGCGACGGCGUCGGGCCCCGACGCGGCGUGCGGCGGCGUCGGCAUCCUCGGCAUCGCCUGGUCCUUCGGCGGCAUGAUCUUCAUCCUCGUCUACUGCACCGCCGGCAUCUCAGGUGGGCACAUCAACCCGGCCGUGACCUUCGGUUUGUUCCUGGCGAGGAAGGUGUCCCUGGUCCGCGCGCUGCUCUACAUCAUCGCGCAGUGCCUGGGCGCCAUCUGCGGCGUGGGGCUCGUCAAGGGCUUCCAGAGCGCCUACUACGUGCGCUACGGCGGCGGCGCCAACGAGCUCAGCGACGGCUACUCCAAGGGCACCGGCCUCGCCGCCGAGAUCAUCGGCACCUUCGUGCUCGUCUACACCGUCUUCUCUGCCACCGACCCCAAGCGCAAUGCCCGUGACUCCCACGUCCCGGUGUUGGCUCCUCUCCCAAUUGGGUUCGCCGUGUUCAUGGUGCACCUGGCCACCAUCCCCAUCACCGGCACCGGCAUCAACCCGGCGAGGAGCCUGGGAGCCGCCGUCAUCUACAACAACGACAAGGCCUGGGACGACCAAUGGAUCUUCUGGGUGGGCCCACUGAUCGGCGCCGCCAUCGCCGCCGCCUACCACCAGUACGUGCUGAGAGCCAGCGCCUCCAAGCUCGGGUCGUCCUACCGGAGCAACGCCUGAGUCCGGCCGGCCGCCGGAGACGCGCCAGGAGCUGGGGCAUCGAAGCGUAGAUACGCCGCACAGUACAUACAUGACGCCCUGUUCCUCCACAUCUGCCAGAGUGUCCACUCCGUACGUUAGUAAUUGUGUCAAAGCACGUACGCUGCUGUUAAUUUUCUUCUUCGGGAAAAAAAGUGUGAUAUAUCUUUGCUUUCUGUAUAUGUAUGAAUGAAUUCUGUAAGGAGAAUUUGGAAGCCAGUUAUGUGAGUUUUUUAUUUAUCACAGUCUAUGAAUGAAGAGUAUAAAAUGUCCUGAA